UCUUCCUCACUUUGACUGCUACUGCUCGCAGCAGCAGCCUAAGAUAUUUUUUUUUAUUAGCCAAGAACAGACACAACUUCUCAAUUCAAGAUAAUAAUAAUAAUUAAAUCGAAACAAAAACAUGACAAAACAACAACAUGAAGAAUCCAAAUUCUGAAUAAUUUUAAGAAGAAAAAAAAAUUGAAUUGUUCUUAUACUGUUUUGCGUUUAAAUUCCGUAAUUGUUGCUGCUGCUGGUGCCUUACGCAAUUCUUCUUGAACACGCAAGAUUUUCUGUUAUUUCACUCAGGACUACUAGAGUGUUGGAGAUCUUUUGAAUUAGCAACUAGACCUCGGAAGCAGCUGAUGCUCGUUUUUUCUUGUUUCAGUAUCUUUUAUGCAAAUCAUCUAUUUCACAUCUCAUCGGGCUGUGUCUUUGAUGGUCGUCUUGAUGUAAUCUUUACAGUGUUUGGGUUAAUGCCAAUCGGGCUGAGUUGAAUGGAGAAGAGUUCAAACCAUAGUACAAUGGAAAAAGAUAUACCUAAACAAUAUCAAAACAAUGUCAGGGAAUCUGGUAAAGAGGGAUUCCAGCCGGCAUCUCCAGCUUUUUUUUUAGAGCCUACUGGCAGCAGAAAUACUAAUGUGAGGCAUCCUAACUUAAGUAUGCCGGAAGUUAAACCUGUUCUGAACUUCUCCAUACAGACAGGUGAGGAGUUUGCUCUUGAAUUUAUGCGUGAUAGAGUUAAUCAUAAGAAGCCUCUUUUCCCUAUUACGCUGAGUGAUCCUAGUCACACAGCGGGUUUUGUGGAACUAAAAGGCGUUUUGGGCACUGGCCACACAGGGUCUGCUGGUGGUUCAGAUAUUCAAAUGCUCUCUGCAGCAGAGAAAGGUCCAUAUAGAGGCGAGACAACUAAUAUGUCUUUGUAUGAAGAAAGGAGCAACUAUAACUUAGUUCAUUCAGCGCCUCAACGUUCAGCCGAUUAUGAAUGCCGGGAACUUGGACAUGGUUUUACCUCUUCAAUGGCCUCUGAUAGCUCAUCUAUAAAGAUCAAGGUUCUCUGCAGCUUUGGUGGAAAAAUACUACCCCGUCCCAGUGAUGGAAAGCUCAGAUAUGCUGGUGGGGAUACACACAUUCUACGUAUAUCAAGGGACAUAUCAUGGCAGGAGCUUAAGCAGAAAACUUUGGCAAUUUAUGACCAACCUCAUGUGAUUAAAUAUCAGCUUCCUGGAGAGGAUCUUGAUGCAUUGGUUUCUGUUUCAUGCGAUGAGGAUCUGCGGAAUAUGAUGGAGGAAUGGAAUGAAUUUGAUGAUCGGGGAGGAUCACAAAAACUUAGAAUGUUUCUGUGCUCAAUGAGCGACUUGGAGGAUGCUCAGUUUGGCCUUGAAAGCAUGGAGGGUGAAUCUGAGAUUCAGUAUGUGGUUGCUAUUAAUUGCAUGGACUUCGGAUCCAAAAAAAACUCGAUCCAUGGUUUUGCAAACUCUUCAGGAAAUAAUUUAAGUGAACUAGAUGGUUCAAAUAUUGAUCGAGAUACAAAUCGUGCAACUGCUUCAGUUGGGGUCAGUACUUCACCUUUGACUAGCACUUAUUACUCUGCUCAACCAAUUCUUCAAGAUUCUUCCAGUUCAUAUGAAACCCAUCCAGAAUUUUAUCACAGCCAGAUGUUAGACCUUAAGGAAAUUCAGAAAUUCUUUCCUCACUAUCACCACGAUUCUAUUAAAAACUCCCCAUCUGAAGAAAUUCUUCAUUCAACUUCUCUUCCUGAUCUAAUUAAUCAACAAGGAGGUUUGACUGAAAGACAGUCACAUAGUAGCUUUCAGGUCUCGAAUUCUCAGGUAUUAAUAAAAGAGGUGAAGCUGAAACCUGAUAGUUCCCCUCGACAUGAGAUUGACAUUGAGAAAACCCAUCGAGUAGAAAUGGUUGCUGAUCCAGUUGAUGUUGAAGUUUCAGCUGCUGCACAAGGAUCUUUCCAUUCUCUGCCCUCAAAACAUGAGGGAAAGCAUCCGGAAUCUAAAAUUCUUCCUUCUUCUGUUGAUGCUAUUAAUCCAGUGCAGGUUCCUAAAUCUUGUGACGAUGAUCAAUGUUCCACUUCUAGCAGUACAUUUGGUCUGGGCUGUGCUGAUUCUGUUUCUAAUUUGAUAGACUUCAGCUAUGUUGAACCUUCUGUACCCCCUCAAAGAGUUUAUUAUUCUGAGAGGUUACCACGGAACCAAGCAGAACUGAUGAGUAGGUUUUCAAAGUCUGAUGAUUCACUUGGUUCCCAGUUUCUUACAUCUCAUUCUCAUUCUGAACAGAGGUCAAUUCAAGAAUCAGCUGAAAAAUUGAGUCAAAGUAGUCUUGCUCUCCAUUCUGAACACCCCAGGUUAAGUGCAGAACCAUUGUUUAUAGAUCCUCAGCAUGUCAAUGAUGAGCCUGCCCAACUUCAGAAGAACAAUGAGGUUUCAGAUUCAGUCUCUCAUAUGAAUAAGACGCGAUCUGACUCUGAAGAUGUUUUCCACAGUGCGUCCAAGCUUGCAGUUCCAGAUUAUGUGCAUGAUAAAGAUUCUGGGAAUCGAGAUACUGUGCUUAAGACUGAUGGUUCUUACACUGCAGAUAACCACAAGAAACUCCCUGACGAGGAAAUAGGAGAAUCUAGAUCUGGCAAUCCUGUUGCAUCCCAAGUAACUUCUCAUUUGAACCAUAAAAAUUAUGUAUCUGAUCAACCAGGCCCUCACUUAGAUGACAUAACAGGUAAGGGUAUCACUAGUGACAACAAUUUUGACAUUCUCACCCAAUCUUUUGGGCAGAAUUCAGCUAGUGAUAUUUAUCAAGGACUAACCCCUGUUUUUGUUUCAGCAACAAAGCCAGCAGACAUCAGCAUUGAUAUUAAUGACAGAUUUCCUCAUGAUUUUCUUUCUGAGAUAUUCUCUAGAAGGAUAGUUAUGGAGGAUAGGGCUGGCGGCAUUCCAGUACACAGAGAUGGAGUUGGCAUGAGUGUAAUCAUGGAAAAUCACGAACCUAAGCGCUGGUCAUAUUUUCAGAAACUGGCACAGGAAGAGUUUGUUCAAAAAGAUGUUUCCCUUAUCGACCAGGAUCUUCUUGUUACCCCAUUUUUGAUUCCAAAGGUCAAAGAAGGAAAUCAGAACUCUCAUAAUGUUACUCCUUUGACAACAGAGGGAGUUUCAAUGGGCCAUAAGUAUUCAAAUCUCAGUUUUGGUGAAGACGGCAAUCAAAAACAUUUACCAGGAACUGUGGCAGCUGACUCCACCAUUCUUUCAGGUUUUGAACAUUCUCAUGUGAAGGGCAGUGAAAGCUUGCAAUUUGGUGCUAUGAUGGAUAACCUAAAAUUUCCAGAUUCAGGUUAUGAGGGCGGGAAGUUAGACAACAGGAACAUUGGCCUGCCUCCUGUUGGUCCAUCUUUGGUAGAUUUUGACGUUGAUACAUUGCAGGUCAUAAAAAAUGAAGAUCUUGAAGAGCUGAGAGAACUGGGUUCUGGUACUUUUGGAACUGUGUAUCAUGGAAAAUGGAGGGGAUCAGAUGUUGCUAUCAAGAGACUAAAGAAGAUUUGCUUCACUGGUCGAUCCUCCGAGCAGGAAAGAUUGACCAACGAGUUUUGGCGGGAAGCUGAAAUCCUCUCAAAGCUUCACCAUCCUAAUGUUGUAGCAUUUUACGGUGUCGUGCAAGAUGGACCUGGGGGAACAUUAGCUACUGUGACAGAGUACAUGGUUGAUGGUUCUCUUAGGCAAGUCUUACUUAAGAAAGAAAGGCAUCUAGAUCGUAGAAAGCGACUUAUAAUAGCUAUGGAUGCUGCUUUUGGAAUGGAAUAUUUGCACUCGAAGAAUAUUGUGCAUUUUGAUUUGAAAUGUGACAACUUGCUGGUGAACUUGAAAGACCCCCAACGACCUAUCUGCAAGGUUGGUGAUUUCGGCCUGUCAAAAAUUAAACGGAAUACUUUGGUUUCUGGAGGUGUACGGGGAACUCUUCCAUGGAUGGCACCUGAAUUGCUAAACGGUAGCAGCAAUAAGGUCUCUGAAAAGGUUGAUGUUUUCUCCUUUGGAAUUGUCUUGUGGGAGAUUCUCACUGGCGAGGAGCCAUAUGCCAACAUGCACUAUGGCGCAAUCAUAGGUGGAAUUGUAAAUAACACACUGAGACCAAGUAUUCCGAGUUUCUGCGAUAUGGAUUGGAAAAGGCUAAUGGAGCAAUGUUGGGCACCUAAUCCUGCAGUCAGGCCUUCCUUCACCGAAAUUGCCGGUCGUUUGCGCAUAAUGUCAACAGCAGCUAGCCAAGGCAAAGGACAUGGGCACAAGGUGCCAAAGUAAUGGUCUGAAAGUUCCUACCUUUUCCAUUCUCCAUUACAACAAGGUUUUGCAUGAAAGUGAUUUUAUUCUAUUCAGAACCCUAAAGAAGGACGUGUGUUAUUAUUAUUUUUUCUUCACUCCAUUAAGCUCUCUUCAGAGCUAAACCGCUAUUUAUUCCUAUUGCAAGGGAGAAAUUGCCUUCCGUUAUUGUUUUUGAAGUGGAAAUUGUUCCCUUUUGAAUGUACAUGUAUAAAAUAGUUAAAUUCUGCAAUGUUGAUGUCAUUGUGUACCAAGUACUUGAAUAAUGCAUAGAGGCAAAGAUUGUUACUA